UUGAUCUUUGAGAAUGUUUUCUUGAUUGAUUAUGCCAUUACUAGACAACUAUCUCAAAAUAACAAUAUUUUUGUUUAUGGCAAUAAUUUUUGGGUCAUUUUACUGUCCAGCAAAAUAUUAUAAUGACAAGUCCAGAAGCAGCAAAAGCAACUGAUGAUGUAAUCUAGGAAAUGUUACUGUGAAAUAUUGUCUCUACUGGAUGUCAUACAACAAUCAUAAAAAGUCUUCAGUCAGAGGCUUCUUUAGAUUUGCUGCAAGAUUGACUGCUGCUGGAGGAGACACUCUGAAGUUUCUGAGUCGAGAGGAACAGGAGUGCCUUCAGUUCUUUGAGGAAACCAUUGAGUCUUUGGACGAUGGUCUAGAUGAGCAGCAGCAAAGACUUGGCCAGAGGAGGCACCUUGAACGUAACAGUCGGCCUUACGACUCGGUUGACGGACAUCCGAACCUGGCUCCGAACAUAAUCGACCUGGUCCACUCAGAGCCAGACUUGGUCCACACUGCAGAGCCAGUCUAUAGCCCCAGCCAUCAAGAUUUUUACCACAUGCCCAACACUCCUGAAAGCAACUUUGAGGCAAGACCAAGGCACGACAUGUUCCCCUCAGAGUACAACCCUCCUUUACGAAGUCCAAGCUUUGGGACGACAGACAGCCAUUCCUCCUACCACCCUCCAGGCAGUGUCCCCACUCCAGUUUUGAUUGCCCAGCAGCUUGCAGAGAACCAGGGAGAUGGAACAUCAAACUUGCAUCCUUCGUCUUUGCUCCGUCGCCUUAGCAUGGAGUCGGAAAAAGCACCCAGAGACAGAUCAAAUAUUUCUGCGAAACAUGGUCCUCCUCCCUCACCAAAGCCAGCCCACUAUCCUCCAAAUAUCCAUGUGGUUCAUGGUGGAAAGGAGCCCCAAAUACCAGGGGCUAACGUAAACAUCCAUGAGCGACAGGAGCAGAUGUUGGCACACCUGGCAGGUACUUCCCACCCUCUGCUGCAAGAUAUAGAAGACAACACUCGAAAUAGUCCAUCCCGUAGUAUUUCCUUUAAAGACCCAGAGCCAGAUAAAUCCAGGAUGGAGGCCCUGUCAAAGCUGGGCUUGACAAGGGGCAGAGCUACAUCACUCCAAAUGAUACCUGACAACAACUCGCAGGAUCCUCACAGAGGUCCAGACCCCAGAGUCUCAUCGCCAGACCUCAGUCUUACCCCAACUGCAAAAAUCAGCACUGAUCUUCCACAACCAAAUAUGCCAGUACCCCCUCCAGUCUGCUUUAAUGACCACAAGAAUACAGAGACCUGGCCCUCACAUUCUUUCAGGAGCAACGAUGAAAGAAGCUCCCAGCUGGACCCAUCGUCUCCAACAAUGUCCUCUCCUCCAGCGGACAUCACCUCACCAGCGUUCAACACCUUUGGAGGGAAAUCCAUUGUGGUCCAUCCCUCUUUAUCCCAGAAGAACGACACUCCAACCUCUCCAACUACCCCUGAACCCCAAAACCUUCCACUUGCACCUUCUAACCCAAUAGAGCCCAAUCCUUAUGGAGGAAAGUCAAAAGUCAUGACUUCUGCCAAUCCACCUGUAGAAAGGACCAAUCUACCCGACAUCCUGAGCUCUCAUAUCGACGCAGGGGAAACCAUUCCUGCCAAGCCAGAGCCACCGGCCGUCGAGGCAAACAGGUUUGGAGGAAAGAGCCGAACCUUUGACCCUGUUUCUGGGCUAUAUCGGACUUCAGAAGGCCGACCUAGAAGUGUCAAACCUCCACCGCCGACCCCAGCCCCUAGACCUCCUCGGCAGUCCUACCAUGGCAUUCUUCCCCAGAAACCGCCAGCAAGGGCCUCUUCUCCAGAAUACAGGCGAAGGCCCAGCAGCAUGUUCCGUCCUCAAGGUAUCACCGUACAGUUUUGUGGACGAGGAGCCAUGAAUGAAUCACGCAGGGAGGCACUGAGGAGACUAGGACUGCUGAAAGACUCUUAAUCAAGCCUUUGCAGAUUUACCUCUCAGUCUCCAACGACUGAACUAUGAUAUCUGCGUCGCUUUGCUCAUGGCAAUGGUAUGCAAAACGUUUCCGCUAUUGUCUGAGAAUGAGGUGUGUCUGUAGACAAACAAGCUUUUACAGAGGAAUCUUGGUACUUGACAGACCUGAAGGGCCACUCCUCACUGUCAAACCUUAAAAAAAUAGAGUACCUUUACUCAACACUGCUUUCUCAGAAAAAUCUCGGCUGGUUCAAGAUAUUCUGUGAAAUCUCAUCAAAGACGCUGUGGACAGUACGUCUGAGUAAGACAUUGUGGGAAGAAGGGCAACAGGGGAGUCAAGGAUCAUUUUGUCUGUCUCACCUCUUUUUUUUAGCUCAAAUGUAAAUAUAUUUAUCAUGGGAAAAGGGAUUAGUUGCACAUUUUCCAACCAUUUGUCUGUCAAGUUCUUAUUUGUGACCUUAAAUUAGCUGAAUUCUGCGCUUAUCAGAAUUAUGUAGAUUCCUUUCUCAUUUUAUUCCAUUUUGUUCUCAAACUAUUUCUUUAACCAACUUAAACACUUAGCUAACUGUUAGCCAAUUAGCAAUACUUUGACAAUCCUAUAUUAGAUUUUUAAACAUUAUAACAUCUCAACAAAAGUAGUGCAAAACAAUUUUAGUGACCAAUUUAAUGUGAAAAACAAAUGGAGAUAAAAUUAAAUAAUUACUUUAGAUAUGACCAGCCGUUAUUAGGAAGGCAGCCAUAUUGGAUUUUGAGAUCUGAUUUUCCAAUUCUGCAGUUUCAGUUGAUUUUUUUUUUUUUUUUUUAAAUAUAAACUUGCAAAUUCAAACUUUAAUUCAACCAUACAACUCAGUUAAGCUAACUGGUAUUAGCAACAUUAGCAAUACAGAGAAAAUAUACAUAUAUCCAUUUAAAUAUAAUAACAUAUUUACUAACAGAAGUUGUAAAAUAUAAUGUAUUUGACCAUUUUAAUGUGAAAAACAAAUGGAGGUGAAAAAAUAGAAAUAAUUACUGUAGAUAUGAUCAGAGGCAGCCAUAUUGGAUUUGUAGACAACUUUCCAAAUUCUGGCUACCGUUUAUUUCUCCAACUUCAAAUUGUACAUAAUAUUUUAUGAACAAAUUUAAGGAUAAACAUCUAAAUACAAUGGUUCUGUAAAAAUAAGAAAAUUCGCACUAAAAUAGUUUUAAUGAUUUUUUUCUUUAGAUGUGCAUUUUCAAAAUAUUCCCCAUGGAGUAGUUGAAAAGUUUUGAAAGAUAUAUAGAUGUGUAUGUCUUGUUUCUGCUAUUUUUCAUUGUUUAUGAUUGUGUAUCAAGUGGGCAUUUUAGUGAGCAGAUUAUUUUUCUCUUUUCCAUCAAAGCUGGGAAAAACUGCAGGCACUUUUCUAUACUGCAGUUUUAUUACCUCUAAUGACUGAAACUUGCGCGUAAGGAGGAAAAACGAACAAUGGAGUUAAAGGAUUCUGCAAAAUGCAUUGAUGCAAACGUGCAAUUUCUCUGGAGAAUGUGGAGCUGGAUGGUAUUUUUACUCCACAGACAAACAUCCCACACUCAACCACAAGCUGCUGGAAUGGGAAUGUGGAGAGGACUUGGACGCUUUUAGCAUGUGGAAGGAGAAAUUUAAAAACUACUCUCACUGUGCAGAACUGCAGCUGUAAAACCACCCAGCCUAGAAAUACAUCGCGGGUUACUUCUGUGUGUUUGAGUCUGUCAAAACCUUUGUGUGUGUUUUUUAAAUGUGAUGUGUGUGUGCGUGUGUGUGUGCGUGUGUGUGUGCGUGUUCUGACUCCGGCCUCUGUAGUUCACCUACAGUAACUUUUGAAGUAUAUUUAGUAAAUUUUAUUUACGGACUCCGGUUCUCUGUAGCUCAUCUACAGUCUUUUUGAAGUAUCAAAUGGUGCAUAAACAGACAGAAGAUAAUGACGUUCUGCUGAACACACACGAGGAGGAAAUGUCUUUGCAAAGCAUACAUGAGCGUUUAACCUUAAAAAUGGACACAAUCUGCCAUGUGAAACUGCUGCUAGCCUGAAAUGUCCUUGUAACAUGUAUGUGUAUAUUAACAUAUCUACUUUCAUUUUUUCCCCUUGUAAAGUAUAAUAACACGAUGUAAAUAUAAUAUGUUUUGUGUUGAAUGUGGGAAAUAAAAACCUUCGGUUAAA